AUGGGGGCCGUCAUGGGUACCUUCUCGUCUCUGCAAACCAAACAAAGGCGACCCUCCAAAGAUAAGAUUGAAGACGAGCUAGAGAUGACCAUGGUUUGCCACCGGCCCGAGGGCCUAGAGCAGCUGGAGGCCCAGACGAACUUCACCAAGAGGGAGCUGCAAGUCCUUUAUCGAGGCUUCAAAAAUGAGUGCCCCAGUGGUGUGGUCAAUGAGGAAACCUUCAAGCACAUCUACGCUCAGUUCUUCCCCCACGGAGGUGAGUCCCACCUUGGAAACGAUCCUGCCCGGCUCCCUCUUUGGUGGGCAGCCUUCCUUUCUCCAACCCCUGCCCCCAUCGCCUGCCUCUCCCUCUGCCUUGCAGAUGCCAGCACCUACGCCCACUACCUCUUCCAUGCCUUCGACACCACCCAGACAGGCUCCGUGAAGUUCGAGGACUUCGUAACCGCUCUGUCAAUUCUCCUGAGAGGCACCGUGCAUGAGAAACUGCGGUGGACGUUUAAUCUGUAUGACAUCAAUAAAGAUGGGUACAUCAACAAAGAGGAGAUGAUGGACAUCGUCAAGGCCAUCUAUGACAUGAUGGGGAAGUACACAUAUCCUGUGCUCAAAGAAGACACUCCCAGGCAGCACGUGGACGUCUUCUUCCAGAAAAUGGACAAAAAUAAAGACGGGAUUGUGACUUUAGACGAAUUUCUCGAAUCCUGUCAGGAGGAUGACAACAUCAUGAGAUCCCUCCAGCUGUUCCAAAACGUCAUGUAACUACGGACACGGCCAUCCGGCUCUCAGAGACCUUGUGCUAAACCACCGACUUACCACCUUGACCUGCCCUCCUGAUUUGCACUCCGACACUGGGACAGGACCGCCGUCCCCGCUUCGGAGCAUUCUCUGCGGAAGACUGUGGAGCGGGCAUCGUGUGGCCUGGCUCUGACCGCCAGCUGUCCCUCCUCCCUCCUCCCGAGAGAGACCAGACGGAACGGGAAGCA